CCAUGGCCGCCUCCACCAUGUCUGUCUGCUCUGACGCUCGCACCAACUCCUCCUGGCAGGUGGAUGACUGCCCAGAGAGCUGCUGUGAGCCCUGCUGCUGUGCCCCCAGCUGCUGCCAGCCCAGCUGCUGUGCCCCAGCCCCCUGCCUAACCCUCAUCUGCACCCCAGUGAGCUGUGUGUCCAGCCCCUGCUGCCAAUCUUCCUGCUGCACAUCCUCAUGCUGCCAGCAGUCUAGCUGCCAGCCAUCUUGCUGUACCUGCUCCCCCUGCCAGCCCUCCUGCUCUAUGACCCUUUGCUGCACACCUGUUUGCUGCAAGCCAGUGUGCUGUGUCUCCAUCUGCUCGGGCUGCCAGCCAGCUUGCUGCACCUCCUCCCCCUGCCAGGCAUCCUGCUGUGUGCCCGUCUGUUGCAAGCCUGUCUGCUGCGGGGCUUCCUCCUCCUGCUGUUGAGUGUCUACCUGGGAGCCUGACUUCCAUCUGUCUUCCCUGAUCCAUGGCCAUACUGGGUGUUCUGUCCCCCACCCCCAUUCUUCCU